GGAGGAUACGGGUGAUGUCAUUGUCUGACACAUGUGAUAGCGCGCUCUGUGAUUGGCUGGCGUCGCCCGCCAAUAAACGUUGAAUUGUUGGAUUCAAAUUGAGUGGAAAGCUGAAGAGGUCAGUUAAUCAGCGAGCUGUGCCUCAGGGUGAGGAACGCGAGUUGGGUCCUGCUGGUGUAGCUGCCUCCGCCAUGGCCCAUAAGCAGAUCUACUAUUCCGACAAAUACUUCGACGAGCACUACGAGUAUCGACAUGUGAUGUUACCCAGAGAGCUUUCAAAGCAAGUACCAAAAACCCAUCUAAUGUCUGAAGAGGAAUGGAGAAGACUUGGUGUCCAGCAAAGUCUUGGCUGGGUCCAUUACAUGAUCCAUGAGCCAGAACCACACAUCCUUCUCUUUAGAAGACCUCUUCCGAAAGACCAACAAAAAUGAACUUUUUUUCUGGAAAACUUCUAUUAAAUCUUCUGGACUUUAUGUAUAUGAGUGUAUAUAUGUUGGUAGUAUUCAGUGAAUACUUGAAAAAAAAUGUACAAAACAUACAUCCGUAUCUGUGCAUGAGCUGUAUUAUUCACAGCAACAGAGCUCAGUCAAAUGCAAUUUCAAGUAGGCUGCUAUGGUGUCUAAAGAUUAAUUGAAACAUAUUCCUUUACUGUAAUAUAAAUGCCUAUUUGACUUUUUAUUAAAUUACUUUUGUUUAAUAAAGUGUUCAUGUUGCAUGUCUAUGUCCUGACUAUAGACUUAUUACAUGUAUUUUUUUCUUUAGAAACUUUAGUUUCAAUACUGAGCUCCUCUGUACAGCAUUGUAAUUACAAAUGUUUGACUAGUUCAAAGCCCAUGGCUUCCCAACUCUUCACAAUGGGUCUGAAGAAAUAAACACUGACUCUCUUAAUUGUGAAGUCUUUCUAAGAAAUCUUGUUUGUUAGCAGAUAGGAAUUAACUAUAUGUAGAAUUUGGGUGUUAAGGCUAAACUAGUGGAGGAGGUACCUGUCCAAAACUGAUCAUUAAAUCACUGCAUAGGUCCCAUCCGUCCCCCGUCUUUCCCCCCCCCCGCCAAAAAAGAGUGGCUUCACAGCAACCUCGUUCUCCACUAUGACAUAAUACCUGUCUCUGUGAAGACUACUCUGAAUCGAGAAUCUCUUCACAAAACAGGUUAAUCUAGGCUUCACUACCUCAGAAUGUGCACCAUUACUUUGCUGCCUUGGGCCUAUUUGAGCCACCUCUCAAAUAGCUUUAGCAUGAUGAAGGCUAGUCAGCUGAUCACAUUAAAACAGGCUGGAGAAUGCAGUUGACUGUCCUGGCUUUAAGAUUAUAAAUAGCCCAUGUGCUGCUUGAAUCUGCGUUCAGUGAGUAGCAAAAAUCCCAUGCUAUUCAGGUAUUGGCUGUGGCUAGAGAUAAGUCUUGUGACCACUCAUUUUCCCCUCUGGAAAAAAAAAAGUGCUUGUGCACACUUCUCACAAGGGUGAUAAACUUUCGCGAUGGAGUCAUGUACCUGAUGCACAUGGCUUGUAGUGGAGGGCUGCAAAGAUGACCCAUUCAGAGAACAGCAGCUAUGAGCAAGUAAUCUUUCCAAAACAUAUUUUCAGAUUAGUGACUACUAACUUUUAAAGGAAAUAAAGAGACAAACUGGAUGAGGGAAAAUAUUUUAUUGGACCAACUUCUUUUGGGGUGAGAGAGAGAGGAGCUUUCAAGCCCCACUGAGAUCUGCUUCAGGUCUGGGAGAGGUACCUGAAGAAAGGCUCUUCUGUAGCUUGAAAUCUCACCACCAGAAGCUGAUCCAAUAAAAGAUUUUACCACCUCCAACCUUGUCUCUAAUAUUCUGCAACCAAAAUGGCCCUGGCUACAUGCCAUAAAGGACAUUUUUGUAUGAAAAGUUUAAGGGAUGCCACCCCACAAUGUUUUUUUUUUUUUUUUUUUUUGCUGGUGCAAAAUCAUAUGCUUGUAUUGAUUUUUGAGUCUUUGCAUUGUUAUUGCUGAAAUACAGGACAAGAGUUAUCUUGUAUGUAGAACUUUAGGCACUGCAAUGUUUAUCACCACUCAGUCAUCAGCUCUUUUUAAGAGAGAAGACACCACACCUAUCUAGUGGCAAGUACUUAGUUCAUGACUGCUCAGAAAUACCAAGAAUGCACGGAGUAUACGAGAAGGAGAGUACUGGGCACAAACUUCCAUUCAAGAAACUGAAUUUUGCAUUGCUGAUGUACUCAUAGCAUGUCUUCCUUGAUGGCCAAAGCUGUGGUUGGGAGUGGUGGCAGUAAAGUGUCCCCUCUCUCUCUCCCUUGCCCUCUUUUAAAAAUUAUUUUAAAUAGGAAGGAGGGAAGAAAUUGAGAGGCCUUCAGUUGCUGCCACUCUAAGCAGUUCUCAUACUCUCUCACUGUGUAAGAGCAGCCUUGGAUGUUGUGUGCAUGUGAGUAUUAGCUGGCUCUAGAUGCCUUGUUUUAUUAUUACUGGGCUGCUGUGGUACUGGGGAAACAAACAGCAGGGGGAGUAUAUAGAGAUGCUGCAAAUGUAAAUAGAAAUGGUGAAAAUGGAAAAAAAAGUCUGACUCAUUUGUGCAAUGAUUGAUGGGAAUAAAGUGUUCUCAGAUGGU